CAUCGCUAUCAUGCCCAUGCGUGAAGACACCAGAGAACAAACAGAUGCACCAUCAAUUUACAUAGGGAGGAGAGGUCUAUAAAUGGUCCAGGAUGGGUACCAGGAUGGCAAGAGACACAGUAACUUCUCACAGAUCGGAUCCCCUAAAGAGCUGUGUUUGCCAGUGCAGUUCCCCGGGGACGGCAACGUCAGCAGAGCUGAGACCCUCCUCCAACUCAGCCGAGAAGAGAUUCAACGGUGUGAGUUACCAGGUGCUGGGGAGAACAGCAAGAUGCUCAGCUGUGCCAGGGGAUGGUGACUCAGUGUCCAGAGGAAAACCACAAGAUACUGAAACUCUCCAAGCCGUGGUCAUUCAUUUGUUUCUCAUCUUGCUUCCGGAACGGAGGCGGACUGCUGACUGCAUUGUACACGGAGUGAUGCCAUUUGAUGUCACCCUCUAUGAUUCGUGAGAAUGAGAAUGGGCAAUGCGUCCAGAUGGAGUGGUGGGGAAUCCUCCCACAACGCUUCUGGAGUGGACCAUUUCCCAGUUAACGGCACCUUCCACGAAGAGUCCCCCGACUUCUACGUCAUCCUCCCGGUCAUCUAUUCCGUCAUCUGUGCCGUGGGCCUGACGGGUAACACCGCCGUCAUCUACGUGAUCCUCAAAGCCCCCAAGAUGAAGACAGUCACCAACAUGUUCAUCUUGAACCUCGCCAUUGCCGACGACCUGUUUACUCUAGUCCUGCCCAUCAACAUUGCUGAACACCUGCUGCAUUACUGGCCCUUCGGGGAAGCCCUCUGCAAGAUUAUCCUAGCUGUCGACCACUACAACAUCUUCUCUAGCAUCUAUUUCUUAACCGUGAUGAGCGUUGACAGGUACCUGGUGGUCCUGGCGACCGUGCAGUCUAAGCGCAUGCCCCACCGCACCUACCGAGCGGCGCGGAUCAUCAGCCUCAGCGUCUGGUUGUGGGUCACGGUCAUAGUCCUCCCUUUCUUCAUCUUUGCCCACGUCUACACGAACGAAUUACAAAUCAAGAGCUGCGGUCUCAGCUUCCCCAGGCCCGAAAGGUUUUGGUUCAAGGCCAGCAGGAUCUACACGCUCAUCCUUGGCUUUGCCAUUCCAGUCUCUACCAUCUGUAUCCUGUACACCGGCAUGCUCCAUAGAUUGAGAAAUAUGCACCUGAACUCCAACGCCAAAGCUUUAGACAAGGCCAAGAAGAAAGUGACGAUCAUGGUUUUCAUUGUCCUGGCGGUGUGUCUCUUCUGCUGGACUCCUUUCCACCUGGCAACGAUUGUGGCCUUGACAACCGACUUGCCCCAGACGUCCUUAGUCAUUGGCAUCUCGUACUUCAUCACUAGCCUGAGCUAUGCCAACUCGUGCCUGAACCCUUUCUUGUACGCUUUUUUGGACGAUAGUUUUCGAAAGAGUUUCAGAAAGAUGCUGGACUGCAGGACUGCUUAAGGGUCAUCAUUCGACUUCGUUCCGGGACCCGUGUGGUCCCGGUUGUGGACUGCUCCUUCGCCGGCCGUAGUUUUCGACUUGUCAGCAUCUAGCAGAUAGACUCGGUUUUAGUCCUAAAUGUUUCACCUGUGUAACUGUCCCCUAAUUCUCUGUUACAAAGACUGUAUGCUCUUAUGCGGGGAUGCUCUCUGCUGAAUCAUUAAGGGAUUCUGAAGAAAAAAAAAACAAGCUACCUUUUUUGGUUGUUUUCAAAGAGAGCCACCAAAUUUUCAUUCAUAUCUCCGUACUGCCACCUGCUGUAUAGUCACAAAAAGCAGUUUAUAAAAGGCCAGGGGCUGAAGUUAUUAAUAAUAAUAAUAAUAAUAAUGUUGGCAUUUGUUAAGCGCUUACUAUGUGUCGAGCACUGUUCUAAG